AGCUUGCAAGCUCGUUCACCUUGUGGGUCCUCCUGCUGUGGUUGCUGGUUAUAUUUGCGUCACACGACCAGCUUGGCUGCGUCCUCCCCCUGCCUUCCCUUUGCGUUGCACAUCUUCUCCAGCGUCGUCGCCGUCACCAUCAUCAUCCCCAUUCAUUUUCUUCCCUGCAUCGCCUUCGCCUCCCUCCGCGCUUACUUUUCCAAUCGCCACAGGUGCAAGCGCUUCAGAGUAUUGCAACAGUCCAAGUUUCAAGGCCACGCAAAGAAAAGCCAGACAUGUCGGCCAUCGUGCCCAAUCUCCCCGAGGAGUUCGUCGCACCGCUCCCCAACGAGACGCGUGAGAACGAGCCCAUAACAUCAGAAAAGCCGCAAGGUUCGGCACGCUCCACCAACUCGGGCGCCGAGCAGGAGCCGGGCAAGUAUGCCGCGUACGAUGUAGAAGCCGGCCCCGCUGGCGGCGAGAAGCGCAUGCACGCCGCCGGCGAGGACGACUGGCUCGAGCCCGAGAUUGGCCGCCCGGUACACAACACCUCGAGUUUCCGCGAGAAGCUAUCCAUCCUGUUACACUCGCGUGGCGCCGUCGUCGUGCGUGACUUUGCGAUGAUCGCACUUCUGCUCGGCAUCUGGAUCCCAUCGGUCGUGCGCGAGGAGACGCGGCACAAAUGGGUCAUCACCACUUUCUGGGCGUGGGCCUUCAUCCUGAUCAUCCUGUUCCACAAGAGCAAAUACAUCCCUCAGCGCCCCUUUGUCGUCGCCAUUGAGGCCGUCUGGGGUACCGCCGUGUCCAAGCCGUUCUUCCGCAUCCCGUACAACGGCCGCCUCGCGCUCGGCUGGGGCGCGCUCCUCGCGCUCUUUCUCGGCACGGCCUUUGGUGUCAAGGUGACCGAGACGUCGACGUACGAGCGCAGGGGUAUCGCCCUCGUUGGUAUUGCCCUCACCUACGGCGGCCUCUUUGCCAUUUCGAGCAACCACCGUGCGGUCCAGGCGCGCACGACCAUCCUCGGCUUGGGCCUGCAGAUGAUCCUCGGCCUGCUUGUCUACAAGACCGGCGCCGGGUACAGCCUGUUCAACUGGAUCAGUGCCGCAGCCACUGACCUCCUUGAGCAGGGCCAGAGCGGCGGUGCCGCCUUUUUCUGGUCUCCCGCCUUUUUGGAAAACCACUAUUUCUUCGUCAACACGCUCAGCAGCAUCAUCUUCUUCGUCGCGCUCGCCACCAUGCUCUUUUACAUCGGCGCCCUCGGCUGGUGCAUCAAGAAGUUCGCCUGGUUCUUCCACAAGACGUUCGCUGUCUCGGGCGCCGAGGCCGUCGUCGCUGCUGCCUCGCCGUUCAUUGGGCAGGGCGAGAACUGCGUCCUGACGCGUCCGUACGUCGCCAAGUUCACCGACUCGGAAUUCCACCAGGUGCUCGUGUCGGGCUUUGCGACGAUCGCCGGCUCAGUCUUCAUCGCAUACGUUCAACUCGGCUUCGAGGGCCGCGAACUGCUGCUAUCAUCCAUCAUGUCCAUUCCUGGCUCCAUCGCCGCGAGCAAGAUCGUAGUACCCGAGACGCAGCGCCCCAAGACGAUGGGCAAGGUCGUCCUCAACAGGGACGACGAGGACGACGAACCCUCCGCAAAGAGCGUCAAUGUCCUCCACUCAUUCUCCAACGGCGCUUGGUUCGGAGUCCGCGUCGCUGCGCUCAUCUUCUGCAAUGUGCUCUGUUUGGUUUCCCUCGUCCACACGGUUGAUGGCAUCCUCGGCUGGAUCGGACAGUACUGGGGCCUCGAGCGGGGUGGCCCGUACGAGCUGAGCUUGGAGCUCAUGGGUAGCUACCUCUUCUACCCCUUCGUUUUCAUGCUUGGUGUUCCUGGUGGCGAAGUGCUCAAGGUGUCCAAGCUGUUUGCGACCAAGAUUGUCGCCAACGAGUUCGUCGCGUACAGCUCGCUCAGCAAAUUGAGGGAGGCCGACACUAACUACCUGACGCCGCACUCGCUACGCAUCGCCACGCUCCUCCUGUGCGGCUUCGGCAACAUCUCCAGCGCCGGCAUCAACAUCGGCAUCCUCAGCGCCAUGGCGCCCAAGCGCUCCGCAACCAUCAUUCGCCUCACGCCCAGCGCGCUGCUCACCGGUAUCCUCGUCACAGCCAUGACGGCUGCUAUUGGAGGAAUGAUUGCCUGAUUCUCAUUGAUACCUACGGACCCCUGCUUGGAUGACCUGUGGGCUCGCACUGCCAUGCGAUGCUUCGUAUAUUCUGCUUUGCUAUUGCCGCAGCGUGCAGUAUUUUCAAGGUAUCUUUAUCGCUUCCCUUAUCCACCUUUCGCACUAUUGUACUACCUUUUAUUUCACUUCAAUGGUCAUGGGGUUUGCAUCCGGUC